AAGUGGAAAUUUCUAGAAGUCAAUAAUCCUUUUUGCAGAGAUAUUUCUCUUUUGGCGUUCAUGAUUCAAUUCCUUCCCACACUCAAUUUGUUGCCUGAUCACUAAAAAGUAAAAAGGAAUUCCUGGAAAAAAGAGGCUGUUGUUGGAAUUUCUUCCUGUAUUAGCGAUUCACAUUGUUAGGGUUUCCAAUAAUCUGAGAUUGGGGAUUAAUUUCAUUUCGACAGAUAUGUCAGACUCUCAUGAUCCAAUCUCCGCUGCACACCAAAGCUCAUCUUCCUCAACGGGAAAUGCAAACGAAGCUGGCGAUUUCGAGUGCAACAUUUGUAUCGAUUUAGCACAGGACCCCGUGAUUACACUCUGCGGGCAUCUCUACUGUUGGCCAUGCCUAUACAGAUGGCUAAGAGUUCACUCUCAGUGUCAAGAAUGCCCUGUUUGUAAAGCCCUAAUAGACGAGGAAAAACUGAUCCCUUUAUACGGCAGAGGCAAAACCCCAACCGACCCAAGAUCCAAACCUGUUCCAGGUGUUGAAAUACCUAAUCGGCCAGCUGGACAAAGACCCGACACGGCCCCACCUCCACUUUCAGACAACAACUUUUCGAACGUUAUGUUAGGUCUCAUGGGUGGAUUCUUGCCUUUUGCGUCCGCGAGUUUUACUAACUUUGGUAUGUCUGCUGGCUUCGGAGGGAUGUUUUCUCCGUUUUUCGGAGUUCAGUUUCAUGGAUUCUCGAGUGGUGGUGGGCAUGGUGGGCCCUCUUCGGGCUAUCAUUAUGGAUAUGGUGGAGCCCGGCCCAAUAGGGAGGCUAGUCGAGCUGCUCAGACGGAUGAUGAGAAUUUGAAGAAGAUUCUUUGCGUGGUUAUUGUUUUCGUGCUUUUUGCUUUUCUAACAAUGUGAGUGCAUUUUUUCCCGCUUCUGCUAAAUUUGGUGUUAAGGCAUUCGAAUUCUUUGUUGUUGUUUUUGUUUUUGGGUCCAAGUUAUGUGGUCUUAGUGAUGAUAUGUGUGUGUGUGUGUGUGCGUGUGUGCGCGUGCCUUUUAUUUUAGGAUGCUCUGUAAAUUCCUUUUACAAGAUGAAUAGGUGCCGUUUGGACGAACAAAUUGGUUCGUAAUUUCGAUCAAUUCUUUUUCCGACUAUUUCUAUGUACAUGAUUUUUUUCUUGCUUCC